CGCCGUUCCAUCAUCACACCACACCCACUCAAUGGCUCCCAAGAGCAGUCAGCCGCCGUCGAGCGCGUCACAAAAGACAAAGCAACAGUCGAUUUCAAGCUUCUUUGCGCCAAAACCAUCACAAGCACCGAAAGCCCCGCCUGACCCACAUCCGCAGUGCGCGCCUCCCGUCGCCAAAGUCUUUGCCCACGAUGAUGACGAGUCAGAAGCCUCCCCGUUAGGCAAGUCGAUUUUGAGUCGAAAGCGCACAACACCUGCAUCUGGAAAGGAUGGCGAAGCUCCCAAACGACUGCGAGUCUCGGACAAUGAGGAUGCGCGCCUAUCGCUCGGUCAAGCGACGGCCGCCAGCCUGAACACGCCCAAGACUACGAGGCUUGCGGAGAGGACGGCCAAGUUUCUCUUCUUAUCGUCUCCACCGCGACGCGACGAGAACGAGACCACCGCCGAGCACGAUGCUGUAGCCACACAGCAGGAGAAAGACAGGCUGCACCAGAAGUUUGUCAAGAAACUUGGGCGGCCAGACAGCUUUGCGGAGCUGCGCAGGAGGAACAAGAUCUUGACUGAAGAGGAAGCCAGUGGAGAAGGCGAGGCUGAGGAAGAACAAGACGAGGACGCACCCAAGCCUGCUGCUAAAGGGAGGAAAGGCGCCGUCGCGAAGAAGGCUGCCUCGAAACUGACGCCCAUGGAGAAGCAAUACCUUGAAAUCAAGCGGAAUCACCUCGACACAGUCAUUGUGAUGGAGGUUGGCUACAAGUUCAAGUUCUUGGGCGAGGACGCACGGACAGCCUCGAAAGAGCUCGGAAUCGUGUGCAUACCGGGCAAGAUGAGAUACGACGAGCAUCCUUCUGAGGUGCAUCUCGACAGAUUCGCCUCUGCCAGCUUUCCAGUGCAUCGUUUGCAAGUCCACGUUAAGCGUCUCGUAAAAGCGAACCACAAGGUUGGAGUGGUCAGGCAGGUCGAGACGGCGGCGCUGAAGGCAGCUGGCGAUAACAGGAACACGCCAUUCGUGCGGAAGCUUACAAACCUCUAUACAAAGGGCACAUAUGUUGAUGACGUUGAAGGUCUGGAGACGGCACCGGACAGUCAAGGCUUUGGCGCACAAGCAACAGGCUACCUGUUGUGUAUCACCGAAACUAACGCGAACGGCUGGGGCGACGAUGAAAAAGUACAGGUUGGUCUAGUUGCCGUACAACCUGCGACUGGAGACAUCAUCUACGACGAUUUCGAAGACGGCUUCAUGCGAAGUGAGGUCGAAACGCGUUUGCUCCACAUUGCACCAGUUGAGUUCCUGGUUGUCGGUGAUCUGUCGAAGGCCACAGACAAACUAAUACAGCACCUCUCAGCCAGCAAAACAAACGUUUUCGGAGAUCGCUCGCGUGUCGAACGUGUAGAAAAGCCCAAGACCAUGGCUGCCCAGGCCUAUGGUCACAUUUCCAACUUCUACGCCGGUAAGAUGAAGUCUACUCAAGAACGCGCCUCAUUCAGUCAGGGUGCUAUCCUCGACAAAGUGCAUGAGCUGUCGGAGCAUAUCACCAUAUGCCUCUCAGCGAUGAUCACAUACCUGAGUGAGUACGGCUUGGAGCAUGUCUUCAACUUGACGAAGUACUUCCAGCCCUUUAGUGCGCGCUCGUACAUGCUUCUGAACGGUAACACACUUUCAAGCCUGGAGAUCUACCAAAACCAAACCGACUACACAGCAAAAGGUAGUCUGUUCUGGACAAUGGACCGGACCAAGACUCGUUUUGGACAACGACUUCUGCGGAAGUGGGUUGGACGACCGCUUAUCGAAAAAGAACGCUUGGAAGAGCGUAUCGCGGCAGUGGAAGAGCUCAAGAAUGGCGAGAACACCAUGCCUUUUGACAAGUUGAAGUUCUUACUCGGCAGGAUCAGGACCGAUCUCGAAAAGGUGCUCAUCAGGAUCUACUACAAGAAAUGCACGCGACCGGAGCUUUUGGCUGCACUGCAAGCAUUGCAAGACAUAUCUGGCCAGUAUCUGGAAGUUCAGUCUUCCGAGCAAAGUGGCUUUUCGUCCAACUUGCUCAGCGAAGCAGUGGCAAACAUUCCGACAAUCUACGAUGACCUUGUGACUUUCCUCGAGAAGAUCAAUGCUAGCGCUGCGAAGGCCGAUGACAAGUACAACUUUUUCCAAGAGGCACACGAAGCAGAAGAUAUCAACGAUCUCAAGCUCAGUAUUGCCUCAGUCGAAGACGAUCUUAACACCUAUCGCAAGGAUGCCGCCACAAAGCUUGGGAUGACGAAAGUCGACUACGUUACUGUUGCUGGCAUUGAAUAUCUCAUCGAGGUCAAGCGGAAGUCUCCGCAAGAGAAGAGGGUUCCUGCGUCGUGGCAACAGAUCUCAGCAACCAAAGCUACCCUUCGUUUUCAUACACCCGAGGUCAAACGCAUGUGCCAAGAGCGUGAUCAGUACAAGGAGUCUCUCGCUGCGGCCUGUGACGCUGCAUUCAAACGCUUGCUGGACGAUGUCUCGGCCAAGUAUCAGGAGCUUCGAGACUGUGUCCACUCAAUCGCAACGCUCGACGCGCUCUUUUCCUUGGCCAUACUAGCAAAUCAACCUGGUUAUGUGAAACCCACCUUCACAGACGAUAUCGAGCUCAAUAUCACCGGUGGUCGACAUCCCAUGGUCGAGCAGCUGCUGCUGGACAGCUAUGUGCCGAACGAUCUGAACCUCUCGCACACCGCUACGCGCGCAUUGUUGGUCACAGGACCGAACAUGGGUGGCAAGUCUUCAUACGUCCGCUCUGCUGCUCUCAUCGCCAUUAUGGGUCAAAUCGGGUCAUAUGUGCCUGCAACAGAAGCACGGCUUGGCAUGCUAGAUGCUGUGUUCACACGCAUGGGGGCGUUCGAUAACAUGCUCAAGGGCGAAUCGACAUUCAUGGUGGAGCUCAACGAGACAUCCGACAUCUUAAAGUCUGCAACUCCCCGUUCGCUCAUCAUCCUCGAUGAGCUGGGUCGUGGCACGAGUACGUUCGACGGUGUCGCUAUUGCCGAAGCAGUCCUCGAUUAUGUUAUUCGCGACCUGCAGAGCUUGACUUUGUUCAUCACGCACUAUCAGCACCUGUCCAAGCUUCACUCGCGAUUCGCCAACGACGAGCUGAAGAAUGUGCACAUGUCUUUCGAAGAGCGCGGCGGUGGCAGAGAGGUUGUCUUCCUGUAUGAGGUGGCUGAAGGCACGAGUCACCGAUCCUAUGGUCUCAACGUUGCGCGACUGGCGAGGGUACCCGAGAAGGUCAUCGAUGUUGCUGGUGUGAAGAGCGCUGAGCUGGAAGACAACAUGUCGGCGUGCAAGAUCGGUAAUCUGUCGCGUCUGAUGAAGACUCUGAUGAGUAGCGACUCAGAGGAAAGUCUCGACAAGGUCAUUGAAAGUAUCGAGCAGUUGUGAGCAGGCUCGUAUACAGCUGGACAUGUCAAUCGUUGCUCCGUCAUGUUAGUAUAUGUACGCGACGAAGUGAAACCCACACAAUUUAGGUCCUAUGUAGGCUCAGAUCGUA